AUGGCGACUUCACACCUCCACAAGAGACCCCCUCAGGCCACUCCAGCCUCUGUUAGAGACUCCAUGAACCGCCUUCUCGAGCAGUCUAGAAAUCUACACAACCGUCUGGCUAUCUCUCGAGACGAACAUUCUCCAGUUUACCAAUAUGCUAGCCUUGGCGCGGAGCUCCGCGGCGCUUCUCGCGAGGUAGCCCAACUGCUUGAAGAAUUCGAAAUCGAAAAGUACAUGCGCGACGACCUAUUCAAAAUAGUUGACACCGUUAAAAAGGACCCUUCGUCGCAGAACUUGGACAUACAGGCACGCCAUUAUCUCAAUAGUGAACACAGGAAGUAUGUUGCCAACGGACUGGGUCUUGAGCCUGGGCCGCUGCGCGAUCGAUUCAAGGAAAUCAAGAAGCAGAUGAAUGUCCUUGGCGUCGAGUUUCAGAGUAAUCUCGAUGAGGACAGGGGCGAAAUACGGGUCUCGAUUCAGGACUUGGAUGGUGACGGUAUGGUCAAGGUCACACUGCAGUAUGCGGACUAUUUCCCGAUUAUGGAUAAUGCGAGGAACAGCAAGACCAGAAAGCGACUCUUCCUGGCAUUUAAAAACAAGUGCAAGGGCAAUGUGCCGUUGUUCCGAGAGAUGAUGAUCCUGCGCGAUGAGGCAGCGCGGCUGCUUGGGGAUGCCAACUAUGCGGCUUAUCAGCUGGGGGACAGACUGGUCACUUCCCCGGAAAAGGUCAACUCGUUUUUGGAUGAUUUGCGAUGCAGGUUGGCUGAUCGCGGUGCCGAGGAACUCAAGCGACUGAAGGCAUUGAAAACAGCUGAUAGGGAAGGGGAACCUGCCGGGGGGGAGCAAUACUGCCUAUGGGACUAUCGAUACUACAACCGCCUGUUAUUGGAAAAGGAUUAUCAGAUAGAUCAGCAGGAGAUUGCCGAGUUCUUUCCUCUGAACAAGACCCUCGAGGGCAUGCUUGAUAUUUUCUCCAGGCUGUUUGGGCUUGUCUUCUACGAAGUAGAUGCCAGCAAUCAGACGAAGGAUUUAACCUGGUAUCCUGACGUGCGCAUCUUCCACGUUUGGGACGAUGAUGACGACGGUGGUGAAUUUGUAGGAUAUCUUUAUCUUGAUCUCUACGCUCGUGACGGAAAGCGUGGCCAUCCAUUCAAUAUCAACCUUCAACCGGGAUUCGAAUAUGAAAAUGGCGACCGAAGUUAUCCAUCGACCGUUCUGCUAUGCAGUUUUGCCAAACCCGCUGGAACCAAGCCAUGCCUUCUCCACCACUCGGACAUGGUGACGCUAUUCCAUGAGCUGGGCCACGGUAUCCACGAUCUAGUCAGAAAAACACGCUACUCCCGCUUCCAUGGAACAAUGACGGUGCUCGAUUUCUGCGAGACGCCUAGUAAAAUGCUAGAGAACUGGUGCUGGCUUUCUAGGCCACUUCAGUCACUCAGUCACCACUACGAGACAGGAGAGCCCAUUCCGCAAUCGAUGGUGGACAAUCUCAUAAGAGUCAAGAAGCCGCCGUCGCACGCCAGUAUUCUCAAUACAGAUAUUACAGGCACGUACAAUUCUCUUUGGCAGAGCAUCACCCAGAUGGCAGGACCGAGUGGUGAAACAACAGCAACGGAUACAGGGGGGAAUGACUGGGGACAUGGCUACGCCACGUUCUUCCACCUUCUUAGUGACUACGGAGCUGGAUAUUACAGCUACCUUUUGGCCGAUGUCUAUGCAUUAGACAUGUUCCACUCUGUCUUCAAGUCGGAUCCGUUAAACCCGGAACAAGGACGACGAUACCGUCGCAUGGUCCUGGAGAAAGGAGGCAGCCAGCCUGAGAUGAAGACAUUGAGUGAUUUCCUGGGCCGAGAAGCCACAACGCAGGCAUUUUACGAAGAGCUUGCAAUAGGAGGCCGGAGUAGGAUUUGUUGA